AUAAACCCUUACAUUCAUUUCACUUCUUCUUCCUCCUCCUUUCGUUCCUCCUUCUCACUUUCGUCCCAUUUUCGAAGCGCGCCGUAAGGUUCUGCGACUCCAAAACCGAACCUGAAUUUGGUUUCAAUCUCAGAGAGAGAAAUACCGUUCUACUGCACAGAAUCUACGGCCUCUUCGUAAAUCGAAUUGUAUUAUCUUGCUAUGGCUGGCACAGCAACUGCCUCUUCAAUGGGUCCGCGGUAUGCACCACCCGACCCGACGCUCCCUAAACCAUGGCGGGGUCUUGUAGAUGGUAAGACUGGGUAUCUUUACUUUUGGAAUCCUGAGACCAAUGUCACCCAGUAUGAGAGACCCUCGAGUACAGCUGCCCAGCCAAAGUCUUCUUCAGUGCCUAGCUCUUCUGUCCAGGUUCAACAGUCGUCGCAAGGGUUGCAGCGUGGUCGCAGUCCUGAUUUCAGUGAUAGGUACGAUAGAAGUAGCGGUGGUGGGUUGAAUGAAGCUGGAUCACGGAACCAUCAGGGUUCCAAAGGUGGAGGUUAUAGUUCUCAUAAUGUUCCAAAUGGAACAAAUGUUGCCGGCAAUGUUAAUGCUUCUGUCAAAGGUCAUGUGGCUUCUGAUGCUGGAGCUGGACUAUCUCCUGAUUCUUAUCGGCAAAGACAUGAAAUAACUGUGACUGGAGACAAUGUACCUCCUCCCCUUACAUCAUUUGGGUCUUCUGGUCUUCCAUCUGAGAUUCUGAGAGAGGUACAAAAUGCUGGGUUCUCAGCCCCAACUCCAAUUCAGGCACAGUCAUGGCCCAUUGCUCUACAAAGUAGAGAUAUAGUUGCCAUUGCUAAAACAGGCUCAGGGAAAACCUUGGGGUAUUUAAUGCCAGCAUUUGUUCAUCUGAAGCGCUGUGGUAAUAACUCCAAAAUGGGUCCUACUGCAUUGGUACUUUCCCCAACGAGGGAGUUGGCAACUCAGAUCCAAGAUGAAGCUGUGAAGUUUGGGAAAUCAUCAAGAAUUUCUUGUGUAUGUUUGUAUGGAGGAGCACCUAAGGGUCCUCAACUAAGAGACAUUGAUCGGGGAGCAGAUAUUGUGGUAGCCACUCCUGGUCGCUUGAAUGAUAUUCUUGAGAUGAGAAGAAUUAGUCUUCAUCAGGUCUCUUACCUGGUGCUAGAUGAGGCAGACAGGAUGCUGGAUAUGGGAUUCGAACCUCAAAUUAGGAAAAUUGUGAAUGAGGUGCCUAAUCGCCGGCAAACUCUCAUGUUUACUGCAACAUGGCCAAAGGAGGUUAGAAAAAUUGCAGCUGACCUGCUAGUGAAGCCUGUCCAGGUGAACAUCGGCAAUGUAGAUGAGCUUGUUGCUAACAAGUCCAUUACUCAGCAUGUUGAAGUAUUGCCACCAAUGGAGAAACAGAGACGGCUGGAGCAUAUCUUGCGGUCACAGGAUCAAGGAUCAAAGAUAAUUAUAUUUUGCUCUACGAAGAAAAUGUGUGAUCAACUUGCUCGUAACCUGACACGACAGUUUGGAGCUGCUGCUAUUCAUGGGGAUAAAUCCCAGGCAGAGAGGGAUCAUGUGUUGAGUCAGUUUCGAACUGGGAGGUCUCCUGUGCUAGUAGCCACAGAUGUUGCUGCCCGGGGACUGGAUAUCAAAGACAUUAGGGUGGUUGUCAACUAUGACUUCCCUACAGGUGUGGAAGAUUAUGUUCAUAGGAUUGGAAGGACUGGGAGAGCUGGAGCCACUGGGCUAGCUUACACUUUCUUUGGUGACCAGGAUGCUAAAUAUGCUUCAGAUCUCAUCAAAGUUUUGGAAGGUGCAAACCAGAAGGUACCUGUGGAACUUCGUGAUAUGUCAUCUCGAGGUGGUGGGGGGAUGGGCAGAUCCAGACGAUGGGGUUCUUCUGGUGGACGAGGUGGACGUGGUGAUUCUGGAUAUGGUGGAAGGAGUAAUGACUCUGGAUAUGGUGGAAGGAAUAAUGACUCUGGAUAUGGUGGAAGGAGUAGCGAUGCAGGAUUUGGUGGAAGAGGAAGCGAUUCAAGUUAUGGCGGGAGGGGGACUGCUGCUUCUGGCAGAGGUGGAGGCCGUGGGUUUGACUAUGAACCACACAGGGGUCGGAGCCCAGACAAGGGAUCUAGUUGGAGUGAUCGCUUCAAAAGUGUGAGCCGUGACCGUAGCCGCAGUCGUAGUCCUGACAGGGCUCCAGUACCUCAACAUUCCCAAAGCAGCAGCUUUCACAAGGCAAUGAUGGAACACAGUGGUGGAUGGGAUAGUGAUAUCAAUAAGAGCUUUAAUCGGGAUCGAAGCCGCAGUCGCAGCCCUCACAGACCGGCACCAGCACCAGCAGGUCGCGAACGUUCCCCAGUUUACAGUUUUCAUCGUUCAAUGAUGGGGCAGCGAGCACCUGAAAAAAAUUGUAGGUCUAAUAGUCCUCCGAAAGAGUGGGGCAGUGGAAGACAUUUCAAUGGAGAAGAGGAGGAAGGGAUGAUUCCCGAAGAAGAUACCAUAUAUCAAAGUGUUAAUUAGGAUAUUUUGGCCAUUUACAUACACUAAGUUAGGAUCUGGCGUUGUUCUUGUUCUUGGCAAAUGUAUAUUUUGAGGGGCUUUGUAGAAGCAAGCAGCCUGGAAAUGGCGUGGCAUAGUAACCAAUAUUGGUGGUUUUUUCUUAUUUUGGUUAAACUCGACUUCAUAUAGGACCAGGUUGGUUCUUUGUUUCCAUACAAAAAUUAUUCAGCUACUAUAAAAUCAUGAAUGUUGUAUUCCAUCACUUUACCAAGUGGCAGCAUAUGUUAUCGUUCAAAGAUCUGCCCAGUCACAUUUUUCUGUC